UGGCAAACUAAAACGAUGUAUUGCGUCUUAUCGGAAAUCAGAUUCGUGCAGACGUUUAUCACGAAACUUAAAUGUGUAAGAGUUUUUUGGGUGUUUACUUUUAAUUAAUCUGAAUAUCGCUUCAGUUCUAUUACAUCUGUAUUUAGUUUUCAUUCUUUCAGUGUUUCCCAACAGGUAGCUCGAGGGGGCUGGGUGCGGAAACUGCCAAAGGAUUUGCAAAGGAAGGAGCCUCAUUGUGCAUCACUGGGUUACCAUCCCAGAAAGAUGAAUUGGCAGAAGUUGCGAAAGUUUGCAAAGAAAAUGGAUCUCCGCAUGUAUUGGAAGUAGCAGCUAAUCUAAGAAAACAAGAAGAUAUGGAUUUGUUGAUGAAUGAAACGAUCAAGACGUUUGGACAACUUGAUGUCUUGGUUAACAACGCAGGAAUCUUUAUGGCUGUUGAUUUAGAAGGGUACACCAGUGAGGUUUUUGACAACAUAUUUGGCGUCAAUGUUAAAGCGCCGAUAUAUCUAACCAAGCUUGCUAAGCCUCAUCUCAGCAAAACUAAAGGUAACAUCGUCAACAUGUGCAGUAUUGCACGCAAGAACUAUGUACCUACCAGAUUACUGUAUGGAAUGACAAAAGCAUCAAUCGCAUAUUUAACUAAAACGACUGCAGCAGAUUACGCUACGGACGGUAUUCGGUGUAAUGCUGUAUGUCCAAGCGUUAUGGCUACCCAGAUAUUUGACAGUUCAUACGACAAAGAACAUAUUGAAGAUUAUCUAAAGAACACCACCACAAAACUACGUGGUCGUCUGUUGCAAACAAAUGAAGUUUCGGAUCUCAUAAGGUUCCUUGCUUCAGAUAAGGCGACCAUGAUCACUGGAGAGUUGAUUACUAUUGACGGGGGAUUUUUGUUGUCAAAACUUUCUUAAAAUUCCGAGUAAUGGUGACAGUUAUAAGGUAACUUCCAAAAUUAAAAAUUCGAGUAAAUUUUAGACAACUGAUGCGUUUGCUAAAAUACUGCUUUAUGCAAGUAUUUGCAGUAUUCAAGAUGAUAUCGCAUAGUUGCUAUACGGUAUUUCUUAUUAUAAUCAAGAAUUACCAGUUUCAAAGAGAUCAAUUUGCAUUGACAUCCUCCCCGCACAACUAUAAAAUUUGCCGAAUCUUGUUUUAAAUUGUGGCAAAUGACUACCCUUAGUGAGAUUUGAACCUGGUCUUCUCAAUACAAGCAUGUGGUUCCCUGCUGGACAUUUCAAGACCUCAAGAAAAAGUCAAAAUCUUGCACCUCGCGCUUUCAUUCUCGGCACGCAAUUACGCCGUUUGAGUCUUGCGCCAAUUAUCAGUAAAUUCACAUUGCUGUAAUGGUAUAGUA